UUCACUUUAAUACCGAUGUUUGCUUAUUCAUGCUUAUUUCUCCUGCUUACAGGGCUGGUGUGCCAGGCAAACAACUCCCCUUGUUUGAAUGGUGGUGUCUGUGAAACGGAUUCGGUAACAAGACAAGGAACUUGCAUAUGUAGAGAUGGCUGGGUGGGCGAGUACUGCCAGGAGGUUGACCCCUGCGCCAGCAACCCUUGCCGCCACGGAGGGACCUGCGUGGUGCACGACAACGCCACGUGGUCCUGCGACUGUCCCCUGGGCUACACCGACGUGAUCUGCCUCACCGUGGUGGACAACCCCUGUGUGACCAACCCGUGCAAUAACGGAGGAACCUGCGAACUCAUUACCAUAGACGACUACCAGUGUAACUGCCAGCCAGGAUAUACAGGUGAUACGUGUGACGUAGUUGAGCACUGCUACAGCCAGCCCUGUAAGAAUGGCGGCACGUGCACGUCCUCGGAGAGCGGCUACACCUGCACCUGUCUGGGCGGCUUCGAGGGGAGCACCUGCCAGAGCGACAUCGACGAGUGCGCGGGGACCAAUCCCUGCCAGAACGGCGGGCAGUGCUCGAACACGAUGGGGUCGUUCACCUGUAGUUGUCCGAAGGAGCACACGGGCACGCUAUGCGAGGAGGAGUACAUACCGUGCUCCCCGUCGCCGUGCCAACACGGAGGGACGUGCGAAUCUGUGGACACGUAUGAGUACGUGUGCCACUGCAUGUCAGGUUUUACUGGAGACGACUGUGAGGUGAACGUGGAUGACUGCGUGGACCAUCUUUGUGAGAACGGAGCUGCCUGUGUAGAUGGAGUGAACGAGUACACAUGCACAUGUCCCAGUCAGUGGGCAGGUCGAUACUGCAAUGAGGAUGUGGAUGAAUGCAUGCAGUCCCCAAACAUCUGCUUGAACAGCGGAACGUGCCACAACACCGUGGGGGGUUACAGCUGCGUGUGCGUGAACGGGUGGAUCGGCGACGAUUGCAGCGAGAACUUCGAUGACUGCGCCUCGGCUGCAUGCUUCAACGGGGCCACCUGUCACGACCGUGUGGGGUUCUUCAUGUGCGAAUGUGCACCUGGAAAGACAGGUCUUCUGUGCCAUCUGGACGAUGCCUGUGAGAGUAGCCCCUGCAACGAGGGUGCGAUCUGUGACACCAAUCCUGUCAACGGUCAGCCCAUCUGCACCUGUCCUGACGGCUACGAGGGUCAGCUGUGCAUGCAGGACAUAGACGAGUGCGCGCUGGGGGAGAACCCUUGUGAGCACGACGGAGAGUGCAACAACGUCCCAGGUUCCUUCACCUGUACGUGUACCGACGGGUUCACCGGCGACCGUUGCGAGGUGAACAUCAACGAGUGCGCUUCCAACCCGUGCCAGAACCAGGGCACGUGUAUCGACGACAUCGGCGAGUUUCGCUGCGCCUGCAUGCCGGGAUUCGCCGGGGACCUUUGCGAGACUGACGUCGACGAGUGCGCAAGCUCCCCUUGCCUCAACGGUCUCUGUAGGGACGGCAUCAACAAGUACGAGUGCGAGUGUGACCCGGGCUUCGAGGGCACGACUUGCGAAAACAACAUCAAUGAGUGUGCGAGCGGGCCGUGCCGCAACGGGGCGCACUGCUCUGACUUGGUGACCACGUACGCGUGCACCUGCUUGGAAGGUUUUACCGGCACCGACUGCGAGCUAAACAUUGACGACUGCCAGUCUAAUCAGUGUCAGCACGGCACCUGCGUUGAUGGCGUGGCUUCGUUUACGUGUUCGUGUGAGCCGGGGUACAACGGCCCCCUGUGUGAGUCCCCGGUAGAUGAGUGUGACAGCGAUCCCUGUCAGAAUGGCGGCACGUGCGAGGAUCUUGUGAAUGGAUAUCGCUGCAACUGCCUGGCUGGAACAUCUGGGUCUAACUGUGAGGUGAACCAAGACGACUGCACUGGGAACCUGUGUGUCCAUGGGGUCUGUCAGGAUGGCCUGAACGACUACACCUGUCAGUGCGACGGGGGCUACGAAGGUAAUAAUUGCGAGCGGGAGAUUGAUGAGUGUGCCUCCUCUCCCUGCCACAAUGGCGGGAUCUGUCACGACCUGGUGAACGCCUUCAGCUGCGAGUGUCCGCCCGGUUACCACGACCAGCUGUGUUACUCCAACGUUAACGAGUGUGAGAGCAGUCCCUGUGCUCACGGCACAUGCCAGGAUGGAAUCAAUGAUUACACCUGUACAUGUGAAACCGGUUACGAAGGGAAGAACUGUGACGUGAACAUUGACGAGUGUGCCUCUAACCCCUGUCAGCACGAGGGGCAGUGUGACGAUGGCAUUGGGAGAUACGAGUGCCAGUGUCUCCCAGGAUACGAAGGUGUUAACUGCGAUAUCAACACGGACGAGUGUGCCAGCAACCCCUGCCAGAAUGGUGGCCGGUGUCUGGACGGUGUCAACAACUACGUGUGUGACUGCGACCUUCCCUUCGUGGGAACCAACUGCCAGACGGAGCUAGCGCCCUGCCGCCCCAACCCCUGCGAAAACUCGGGCGCCUGUAUCCCCUCAGCCGACUACCAGACUUUUACCUGCAACUGUGCGGAUGGGUUUGAAGGUGAGACGUGUGCUGAUGACAUUAACGAGUGCCAGUCCAACCCCUGUAAGAACGGCGCACCCUGCGUCAACCUGGAGGGAGACUUCCGCUGCGACUGUCUCACGGGCUUCGCAGGCGAGCUCUGCUCAGUCAACAUUGAUGACUGUGAUCCUGACCCUUGCCAUAAUGGUGGAACAUGUAAUGACGGCAUCAACAGCUACACUUGUUCCUGUAUGCCUGGCUUCGGUGGCACAAACUGCGAGGAGGACAUCGACGAAUGUUACUCUAACCCUUGCCAGAACGGAGGGCAGUGUAUCGACGCGGUGAACGGCUAUGCCUGCGACUGCGUGGUGGGAUUCAUUGGAACGAACUGCCAGACAAACAAGGAUGACUGCACCUCUAGCUCCUGCUUCAGUGGAGGCACCUGUAUCGACGGCAUCAACACCUUUACCUGCCAUUGUCCCUCUGGCUUCACCGGUUCUAACUGCCAACACGAGAUUAAUGAGUGUGACUCCAACCCGUGCCAGAACGGUGCGACAUGUGUGGACCAGACUGGCUACUUCUCCUGUAUCUGUACCUAUGGGUACGAGGGAGUGACUUGUCAGAGCCAGAAGGACCUGUGUGCUGAUGAUCCUUGUCGUAACGGAGGGACGUGCACGCAGUCCGGUGAUCGCUACGAGUGCCUGUGUGAGGACGAGUGGACAGGACUGAUCUGUGACAUGACUAAGGUGUCCUGUGCUGCUGCUGCCUCUGAGAGAAGCGUUCUCCUGGCUGACUUGUGCCAGAAUGGCGGCACAUGUGUCGACACCGGCAACAGCCACAACUGCAACUGUGCCGCCGGGUACAGGGGCAGCUACUGCUCCGAGGAGAUAGACGAAUGCGCUUCCUCGCCGUGCCAGAACGGCGCCGAGUGUCGGGACGGGCUGGGCACCUACACCUGCGCCUGUCGUCCCGGUUACCAGGGGGUGAACUGCGAGCAGGAGAUUAACGAGUGCAUCUCUAACCCGUGCCAGAACGGAGGCACCUGCAUCGACAUGGUAAACGAGUACAGGUGCUCCUGUCCUCCAGGGACUCAAGGACUUCUUUGUGAGAUCAACAACGACAACUGCUUCGCCGGUGCCUGCUACCACGAUGGCACCUGCGUGGACGGAAUCGGCGAGUUUACCUGCCGCUGUCGCCCUGGUUACGUGGGUCAGCGGUGCGAGGGCGACGUAAACGAGUGCCUGUCCAACCCGUGCGAUGCCGAGGGUACGCUGGACUGUGUACAGCUGGAGAACGACUACAGCUGUGACUGUAAGCCUGGGUACACCGGAGGGCGCUGCGAGAGGACUGUGGACUCGUGCGAGUCCGACCCGUGUCUAAACGGAGGGGCCUGCUCGCAGAGUGGGAACAACUACGUCUGUGACUGUGGACCGGGUUUUGGUGGAGACAACUGCGAGCUAGAAUGCGACCUGGAGUGUAAGAACGGAGGCCAGUGCCUGUACGAAGACGGAGGCUUCCAGUGUUCCUGCACCAGAGACUACGCCGGGGAUCGCUGCCAGUUCCACGAGAGUAACCCCUGCUUUAGCCUGCCCUGCUACAACAACGGAGACUGUCAGCAGACGGGCAUAGACUCCUACCGCUGCAUGUGUCCCGAGGACUACAACGGACUCGUGUGUGAAAUCUACAUUCCUGAUAUCGCCUCCGGGCCUGGUGUGACCAUGAUUCCUCCACAUAUAGAGCCAAGUUGUCCCUUGGACAGUUGUGCUAGCAAGGCGAGGGAUGGGCACUGUGAUGAGGAGUGUAACAUCCACGAGUGUGACUGGGAUGGCACGGACUGCGCCCUGGGGAACCACCCCUGGGCCAACUGUACCUCUUCGCUCCAGUGCUGGAACUACUUUGCCGACGGAAACUGUGACCAGCAGUGCAACACGGAGGAGUGCUUCUACGAUGGGCGAGACUGUGAGGAGAAUCCGCAUCCAACCUGCAACCCUGUGUACGACACCUACUGCGGAAACUUCUUCGGGGACGGGAACUGCGACAGCGGCUGUAACAACAUGGAGUGCGGUUACGAUGGCGGGGAUUGUGACGAGGAGUAUCCGCCCGUCACAGCUAAGGGUUACCUGGUCAUGAUCGUGGCGGCACCGCCCUCUGUCCUGCUCAACAACUCUGUCUCCUUCCUCAGGAUGUUGAGCAUCAUCUUGAGGAGCUCGAUGUCCUUUAAGAUCGAUGACGAAGGAAACCCCAUGGUUUACCCCUGGUACGGUGAAGAGGUCGAUGAGACCAUCAGCAACCGAGCAAUCCGCUCUGUCUUCAGGGCGCUUACUGGCCGCUACAGGCGAGCCACAGAGUCUGAAGUCCAAGGCUCCAUAGUGUAUCUGGAGAUGGACAACAGUAAGUGUUACCGAGCACAUGACGACUGUUUCGAGACAGCGAAGGAGGCAGCAGACUUCCUGGCUGCCCUGUUUCUGCAUGAUGGACUGUCACAGUUGAGCUAUCCAGUCAAGUCUCUCUACAGCGGUGAGGACCCUGCGCCUCCGACGACGCAACCUUUCAACCCCCUGUACGUGGUGGUGGCCGCGGUGGGGAUACUCCUGGUCAUGGUGGGCCUUGGGGUGCUGAUGACCACCAAGCGGAGGCGAGAGAGCGGUCAGCUGUGGUACCCCGAGGGAUUCAAGCUGACCAAGGAGAGUAGGAAGGACGCUCGCAGGUCCACCCGCCGCCGCGACCCGGUCGGUCAGGAGGUUGGAAUGAAGAGCUUCACUCCUCCACAAGGAGCAACUGCUAACGUUGACGACAACGAUAACGAAACUGUUCGUGACUCAUCUGCCUGGGAAGAUGACAUGGUACCUCCUGAAGCCAAGCGAAUGAAGACGCAGCAGCCCACGCCAGGCGGAGAUGCGACCGCCGACCAGACCCUGUCGGAUUACGACGACACGGAUCAUCGCCAGUGGACCCAGCAGCACCUGCACGCCGCGGAUAUCCGUAACCCCGCGUGCCUGGCACAGGUCGCGCUCACCCCCCCACAAACGGAGGGAGAGGCAGACCCCUGCUCUGUGGAUGUGAAUGUUAGAGGCCCUGAUGGCCUGACCCCGCUGAUGUUGGCAUCAUUCCGAGGGGGUGGCCUGGAGUAUGUGGAAGACCAGGAGGAUGGGGAGGACGAGUCUGCUAACGUGAUCACCGACUUGCUGAUGCAGGGGGCAAACAUCAACGCACAGACAGACAGGACAGGAGAGACAUCCCUCCACCUGGCAGCCCGCUAUGCCCGUGCAGACCGUGCCAAAAGACUGCUCGACGCGGGAGCCGACGCGAACGCUCGAGACAACACCGGCAGGACUCCCCUACAUGCUGCAAUCGCUUCUGAUGCUCAAGGAGUAUUCCAGAUUCUGCUGCGCAAUAGAGCAACUGACUUGGAUGCAAGGACCAACGAUGGCACCACACCACUGAUACUGGCAGCACGUCUGGCUGUGGAGGGUGUGGUGGAAGAGCUGCUCAACUCGCACGCUGAUGCAAACGCCUGUGAUGACAACGGCAAAUCAGCUCUACACUGGGCUGCUGCAACUAACAAUGAGGAGGCUGUCAUCAGCCUGCUUAGUCAUGGGGUCAACAAGGACGUACAGGACAACAAGGAGGAAACCCCGUUGUUCCUUGCCGCCAGAGAAGGCAGCUUCCAGGCCGCCAAGAUUCUCCUGGACCACUACGCUAACCGUGACAUCACCGACCACAUGGACCGACUCCCGCGGGACAUCGCGCAGGAGCGCAUGCACUCUGACAUCGUCAAGCUUCUGGACGAGUACAACCUUGUCCGCAGCCCCUCGCAGGCAGCCAACUGCCAGAGCAACUUCGGCGGCCACCACUUCAUGAACGGCCCGGCCACCCAGCAGAAGAGAGCCAAGCCGAAGAGACCGAACAAGGGCAUGCAGCACCACACCAUCGCGCGCGCGGACGCGUCCAAGAUGCGCCGGAAGAAGAAGAUGGAAGGCACGGGCACGAUGCCGCGGCACAUGGAUUCCACCGCGCUCUCCCCAGAUGGUUCUCUUGGAGGGUCGCCGCACGGAUACAACCACGGGGAAACGCCACCGCCGAACUCCAUGUACGGAGUGUCGAGCCAGCACCUGGCUUUGUCUCACCCCAACCUGCACGGCGUGGAGUCAGUCGCCCUCACCAGCGGCACGCCACAGGUCGUUAACACGUUCUCCCUCGCGAACGGGCAGCCCAUGCCGCGCCUCUCGCACCACACCGCCGAUUCCAACUCCCACCAGGACCAGUCCACUCUGCGAGGGGGGGAGACGGGGCUGGGCUUGCACCUCGACCCUCCGGUCAGGGUGCCGAGCGACUGGCUCGCAUCGCUGGACUCCCGUAACCACCACUACACGCAGUUCUCCCCCCGCAUGCACAUGUCGCACGCGGGCAUGAACCACAUGCCGCAGCAGAGUCAGAGCCCGCCGUCGGGUCUCCUCUCGCCUCCGCACAGCCACGGCAGCAUCACGGGCGGCUCCCCGGCGCAGAUGGCCGCCUUCCAGGCGCUCUCGUCGUCUUCCAACGCGAAGCAGCAGCAGCUGGCCCACCAGACCAACCACCACAACAACCACAGGCUGUACCACGAUGGACACGGCGUGCACGGGGGCAGCCCCAUGGGAGGGGGGCACCUGCACGACCCGGGCAUUCCACUCAACGUCAUCCCGCCGGGCGAGCUGGCGGCGCACCCCCACCAGACUGUCCUACCUCAGGGCUCGUGCGCGCAGCAGUUCGGUUCCCACGGCAACCCGGCGGAGCAGCUGCCCACCCCGCCCUCGCAGCACAGCCACGGCAACCCGCAGAGCCACGAGUGCACCCCCACGCACUACCUGAGCCACGCAGAGACUAUCGUGCCCGAGAAUUACCUAACCCCGUCCCCAGAUUCCCCCGACCAGUGGUCGAGCUCGUCCCCCCACUCCGCCACGUCGGACUGGUCCGAUGGUAUCUCCAGUCCGCCGGCAGCGCAGAGCCACCGCCAACCUUACAUUCCGGAGACACAAAACACGAGACAAGGCGGGCACAGCGCGCUGCCCGUCUUCAUCUAGUAUACUGGUUACUUAUGAAGAUUGUACAACGCAGAGAGAAAUGUGUAAAAUAUUUUUGUACUGAUAUUGUGCCAGAGGUAUUUACCUAGAAACCUAAAAAAACAACACUUUGGUUAGGAAAAGUAACAAAUGUAAAACAUGUCCAAGGGCUGCCUUAGUUCUUAUGGUCUUUCGUUCACAUUCGACGACGACGAGGACAUAUUAACCAUAGAAACAUGAAACUCUUAUUUAUUAUAUGUACAUUUUGUGUUGCCUUCCAUGCUCAUCUCUACGUUGACACAUGUAAGACUGAAAAGUUUCCAGUAGUAGAUUGUACAGCACUGGUGGUUACAGGUUAGGGAGCGCCUGUCACGGAGUUUGAAAGUUAUUUUGAUGUGUAUAUAUAAGGAUCUUUUAUUUUGAGUUCUUAAGUCUUGCCAUGUGGUGGGAUCAUUAUCAUUAUCAUGAGGGUCGUACGAAGAGAAACCACAGUAAAUUUUAAAUGGUUUUAAGUGCUGAAGUUUCUAGCGUAGGUUCGAAUCAUGAUGUUCUAGAGUCGACUUUUGUAAAGAGGUGUAAGAAUCAUGACAGAAUCAUGUGAGAGUAUGUGUGAGGAAAUUUUACGACAAAGCAAGAAAGAGCUAAUGAAACUUUUGGGUGAUUUUCAUAGGUGCUAAGUGCUGUUCUCCUAGAGUUGAAAUUUAAAGAAUGCGUGCCUCCAAUCCAGCGCUUCCUAAUUUUUAUCGGGGCCUACAUUUUAUUUCUUGGAUAUCUACAACCAAAGAUGGGGAACUUCAUCAGUUUACCACACUGCCGAUUGCAUUUUAGCUCUUCUUUUAUGGGAGAAAGCUUUUGUGGAACUUUCAAGGCCACAAGCUUUGAUAUCUAAUUUUUAUGGUUUGACAAAAAAAGGCUGUAUAUGUGUAUUAUUGUUAUUAGUUCUCUUUUCGGUUUGCUUGGAUUCGAACAGCAAAACGAUCGCUUACCUUAGCCAGCAUCUGUACAUGUACUCAUCAUAUAUUUACUGUACCCUUCAGUAUUUUUUAUAGAGAAUAUUUUAGUUCUACGUGACCUUUUGUACUUAACAACUUAUUCCAGUUUCUGUGAUUUCAGUAGUUUAGCGGAACAGGAACAAUCGACCAACUGUAUACUAAUUUCUACCAGUCGACAGAUAUAAAUAAAAAAAGGUCACUAUUCAUAA